AUGUCAGCAGAAACCAAGACCUCACCAGAAGAUGAAUCCAUGUCUAUCUCCCAGGAUCCUGUUGAGGAAGAUGAGAAUCUCAGUGACAUUGACUCACAUGCUGGCAGUGAGCGUGAUGCCAUGUCUGAAGCCGGCUCUGAAACCCCCUCCAUCUCUGACAAAUCCAGUGCUCGGAACAGCCGCUCAACGUCUAACACUCCGACAAACACCAGAUCAACCCGAAGCAGAGACAACCCGGAGUUUGUAGCUAAACAAAAAUCCUUCAUGGCCAAGAUUCAAGCUGCAACGUCAGGGGUGGACAGCCCCAUGGCGAGACCUGACACACCUGGAAAGAGGAAGAGAGAUAGUAGUGCCUCAUCAACACAGAGUUCCUCCAAGAAAAGAAAGUCGGGAAAAGCAGACAACAAUGGUCAGGACUAUCAGAAUGACAACUACUGUUGGGAAUGCCAUCGUGAAGGUGUCUUUAUAUGUUGCGAAAUGUGUCCCAGAGUAUUUCAUCUGAAAUGUGCUGGGAUGGAGAAGGAGCCGGAAGAAGACUGGGCUUGUAGUGAAUGUCAUGCUGUUAUGCAGGCAGAGAAUAUUGAAAACAGAUCCCGAGCUAUGCAACUCAUAUCAGUAGAGCAGCUUUGCACCCUGCUGAAGUUUGCCCUAAAUCGAUUGAAGACAAUGCCUGGGAUGGAACCAUUCACAAAACCUGUAGAUACUACAGAAUUUCCUACUUAUGAAGAUGUUGUGGUCCAUCCAGUUGACUUCACCUCCCUCGAGCGCAACAUAAAGAGAAAGUUUUAUGGUUCUACGGAAGCAUUUUCUUCGGACGCCAGAUGGAUUGUACAUAAUUCUGUGAUAUUUAAUGGAGCAAACUCCAAAGUGACUUCAAUGGCAAGGUCAUUGGUUAAGAUUCUGAAGCAGGAUAUGAGUGAAAUAGAGACCUGCCCAGACUGUUACAUGAAUGCUCAUCAAAAACCAAAUAGUUGGUUUACUGAAGCUUGCAGAUCGGCUCAUCCACUGAUAUGGGCUAGAUUGAAAGGCUUCCCCUUCUGGCCAGCUAAAGCUGUCAAGUGGAAGGAUGGCAAUGUUGAUGUCAGAUUUUUUGGGAGACAUGACAGGUCAUGGGUUCCCAUCAAGGAGUGCUUCCUCUUCUCUGAGCAAAUGCCAACACCUCUGAAGAACCGUAAUAAAACUCUGGAAUCCUGUCUGCAAGAGGUAAAUGAUCAUAUUACCAAACUGAGAGAGAGAUUUGGUAAAUUCAAGUAUGCUCCUCAUCGCGUCCAGUUCAACCCACUUGACCAGGAUCAGAUUAAGAUUAUGCUGCCAAAUUAUAAAGGACCAGUUCCUUUGAGGGUUCGUGCUCAGUCCAGAGCACUCUCCAGACUUUCUGGUCAGUCAGAUGAUGAAACAUCUUCAGUUGCAUCAACUGAUAGUGGUGCAUCCACCAGAAGAAGAAAAAGGGAAUCAGGAACAUCAUCAGCUACUCAGGAGACAGAAACGGAGGCGGAAUUUCCAAGUCAGUCCUCGGUGCAAGAUGAUGACGAAAGAACCGACAAUACUCCUUUUGUAAAAUCAGAAGAAAUUGAAGACCAUAGUUACUCCAAACCUAAAGCUCAAGAAGGUAAAGCUGAAGUGAAGUUAGAAGUGAAAACGGAACAUUUAGCCAAACUAGAGUGUCAAGAUCUAAAGGAGGACUCUGAUGAAAUGGAAUGUGAAGGCUACCCUACAGGAAACUAUGAUGAGGAAGAAGAUGCCUACAGUCUUUUAAAUGGUCGACCUUUGACUGUGGAGAAAGUCCCCCAAAUAUCCAAAAAGCCAAAACUGAUAAGAACAAGACCAUUGCUCAAUGAUGCAGAAUCGAAAUCUGAGAAGACUGAGGCAGAGUUGGAGGAUGAGGCAGAGCUGGAGGAGAAAAAAGAAAAUGAACAAGUGAAAGAAGCUGAGUCCCCCAAAGAAAUGAAAGAGGAGGAGGAGGAUGGUGAUUGCGACGAAGCGGAGGAGGAUGAUGGGGAUGAUGAUGAUGAUAAUGAUAAUGAUGAGGAGGAAGAAGUAACUAUGCCUGCUGAUGAUGAUGAUGAGGAAGAAGAGGAAGAUGAAGAGUUAGGCAGACUACAGUUGAGUACUACUGAAGGAGAAGAUGCACAAGAUGAAGAUGAUAAAGAAGAACAAGAAGAUCAAACAAUGAAGGGAAAUGAAAGUGAGAGUGAGGAGGAGAAGGAAGAGGAAAAUAUAUUGAAGCUGGGAUUAAAAGACAGCUUAUUAUCAAGUGAGACCAAACUAAAGAAAGAUGAAGGUGAAUUGGAGAAGGAAAAAGAUAUUAGUGAAAGUGAUGUAGCCAUUGCUUGUCAUAAAGAGGACAUUAGUAAUAGUAGUACUAGUAGUCACUGUGAUAAAACCUUACAAGGUGAUGACAGAUUUUUGUCAAACAAACCAACAGGUCAUGAACGGAAAGAGGGAAGCAGCCCAAAGAGUGUGGAUGGACCAGAAAAGGAAAAGAGCUCCAAAGACUCCAGAAGUGAUAGUGAAAUGUGUGAAAAAGAUACAAAGCAGGACAUUAAGAGCAGUAGUGACAGGGACUUGCAAACUAGAACAUUAGUGGAAAAAGUGACUGGAUACCCUGGAAUAGUUAUUAAAAGGAUAGUUGACACAUCCAAUAGCAAAUCUUUAAUAGAAGCUAGUGAUAGACGUACUUUAUCAAAGUUGGGAGACGAUAGUUUUUCACACAAAGUAGAGAAUAAGGGCAGUAAUGAAUUGGAGGUGAAAAGUAGUGAUCAAGCAGAAAUUAAAGAUAAGAAUACCGAUAGUUUAAGUGAAAGUAGUAGUGUAAGUAAUGAAAAAGAUGGGGAUGCUGAAAGGGAAAAGCUGCUGGAAACAGACAGUUUAAAGAAUAUCAACGAAACAUCAGAGACCACCGAUUGUGAUGCCGGUCGUGCGAGCGAUAAACCUCGCGAUGCCGAGGUUUUGAGCGGCCAGGAUGAAAGUGACGAUGAAACCAGACUGCAGAUAGAUAAGGCUGACAGUGAUGAUGGUGACUGUGAUAAGGAAAGGCCGAACGUGUUAAAAAAUGUCACUCAACCAGAAAGCAAUAAGGAUGAGAGUGUGAGUGGUAAAGGCAAAUGUUUGGAUGGUAGAGAAAGUGAAAAGGUAGUAGUAAGUGAAAGAGACAGUGGGAGUAAUAGUAAUGAAAAUGAACUUGAGAGAAUUAAAAGGGAAUUUGCCAGUAAGAUGGGCAUAUCCAUUACUGUGAAAGAUAGUGACAAAAAGAGUUCCGCACAAUCUAAGCAAAGUGAAGAGAAAAUGGAAGUUGAUGAAGCUUUGUCUAGAAAAGAUAAUGAAGACAAAGAAAAGGAGAGCAUGGAAACUGAGAGUGAAAGUAAAGGUAGUACUUUGGAAAAGACAAAGGAAAGUGGUAAACAGCAGGAAGAGGAACCUUCCAGGAACACUCUCUAUGAUGCUGUUCAGUUAAUGAAGAAUAUGGGAACUAUAGCAAUAACAAAAUUAGAGAAGUCGUCCGAGCUUGAGUCACGACUGGAGAGUAGCAUCGGCUUGUCUUUGGCCAGAGGCCAAACAAAAUCAGAUAGCAGUGAUUCCAAAAAAGAUGAAAGUGACCAUUCUGUCAGGAAUGAGGAGAGCGAGUCUCGUGUUACAAAGUCUUCUAGUAGUAAUAAAAAUAUGGAACAGCAAAUAUCUGCAUUAGGAUGUAGUGUUAGUGUGACAAAGGCAUUGGAUAAAGAUAGGGAUAAAGAGAAAGAGAAAGAGAAGGAAAAGGAUAGAGAGAAGGAAAAAGACAAGGAAAAGGAAAAAGUUAAAAUGCCAUCUGGUGUUGAUACUACACGUCUAAGUCCUUCCAUUUCUAUUAUAGCUGUAACUGGUGUCACUGAGCGGCAUCGAGUUAAGACUACUAUUGCUCCGCUCUCUGCUUCUAAUCCAAAUCGUAAUUCACCCACACCCUCUGGGCAAAAUGCUCCUAGGAGUUCUCCAUCAGUUAAUGCUCAAAAUCAUCAUGAAAACUCAUCAUCAUCUGGUCAGCCAAAUAAUCCGCCAAGAGUUUCAUCUGCUUCAUCUAGCAACUCGCCUCAUACUGGUAAUGCUGGAGGAAUUCCACCUCCUCCCCCACUGUCCCAUCCUCAGUCAUCCCCCUCUAAUAGUGCUUCGUCUAGAGGUGUGUUCGUUCCACCAUCUGCUAGUAAUCAGGUUUUAGGAAUGGCAAAUAAUCGUGCACCUAUCAUAACUAGUCCUGGGUUGAGAAUGAUGUCAGCACCUGGUCCAGGGCCUGGCUUGAUGUUCCCUAAUCGGCUUCCAGGAAUGCCUCCCACGAGACAUUUACCUCCAGAAGCAGGGCCUCUUGCAACGCAGCUUCACAAACAUUCACAGAAAUUAGCUGAAGUCAUGAGAGCCACUUUAGAGGAUGUUCUUGGAGGUCUUGUAGGAACUGGUACUCCUGAAGCCCGGCUUGCUGCACUCCAGUUGGAGUUAGAGCGUACCAGUUGGAGACAUCAGCAAGAACUAGCAGAAGUGCGACACAAUGCAGACGUCAUGCUGGUAGAAAUGAGGGCUAACCUUGAGGCUGAAAAGCAAAGAGCAGUGGAGGAAGUGAAGAGACAAAUGGAACAGCAGCUUGUUGAAGUCAUGGAAGAAAACAGGAUGGAGCGUCAGAUGGUCGAGAGGUUGGCUGAGGUCAAACGGCAGAUGGAAGCAGAACGACAAAGAGCAGUGGAAGAGACUAAAAAGAAACAGUGGUGUGCAAAUUGUGGGAAGGAAGCACUCUUCUUCUGUUGUUGGAACACUUCCUAUUGUGACUACCCAUGCCAGCAAUCUCAUUGGCCCCAACAUAUGUCAGUAUGUGGACAAAAUAGCGACAGCGGAGGUGGGGGUGGCGGCGAAGGAGGUUCAGAUUCUGUCAAUGGGGAAGCGAGUGCUCAGUCUUCGAGAGUUUCCACUCCUGUCCAAAGCCUAGUAGCAGCACAGGUAAGAGAAGCUUUGAAUGAUAAUAGUACAGUGUCCUAUUUAUUUCUGACACAUACAAAGUCCAUAUUUGAAGCUUAGUUGAAUGAUGAAGGA